GUUGUCAUAUAUGGAAAUAAGAUGAGUGGUAUGUGUAGCUUGGACCAUCACAUGUAGGUAAAAAGUAAUCAGUGUCUGUUUUUAUAUGAAAAAGCACUCAUGAAUUUGGAAUAGACUUCACAGCUAGUGGGUAUUGAAACCAAAAAUAGUUACAUGAUCAAUCACCCCUUACUAGCAGAGUACUUCAAGGAGUUUCUUCUCCCUGUGCUGGGUCAGCUAGAACUUUUCCUGUUGGUUAGCCUUUCCAGAUUGUUCAGUUUUUGUGCUAUUUGUUUCUGACAGAUCAUUUCAAUUAUUCUGUUUUGUUAUGCAUCUAAUAAGGAAUUUCACUGCCUCUUUUGUUAGUCAAAGUGCAAGUUAAUCCACUUACUCUUGAGAUAAAUUUGCUAUUAGUAAGAGAAAGUGUGGGAGAGAGGGAGAGCUCAAGCUAAAACCCAGAACAGUGGAAGUUUCAGCCUAAGUCCAUGGUUUGAAAAUAUUCAGAUUGUUCCAUGGAAAGAACACAAAACCUAAAUCUUAGAAACUUGCUGGAAAAUGGAAUCGCUGCCUGCUGGACAACUGCACUAUCUGAAGCUCACUCUUGAGGCUUUUCAUAACUGGUGAUUGUAUCAUCCUACUUUGUAUAGCCUUUGUAUGACUACAUAAAGGUGACAGGAAACACAGUUCUACAGAGACAUUGAUGAGAUUUAGAUCAGAGUAAAUACAUUAAGAGGGAUGCAGAAGAAAAGGUUAAGGUUGAAAAGGCUUUGGUAGCCACUAUGCAGUUUUUAUACUUAUCUACAACCAUGGCUCUGCUCUUCAAUACCUUUAGCUCCUUCAACAUGUUACGGAUGUGAAUUGCCAAACAACAGACCUUAACAUUUUAUCAGAAAGUUUAGAGAAUUUUAUAAAUUAUUAAGUACCAAGUGCUAUCUCCCAGCUGCAUCUGCUACCCUGAUUAAUACAGUCUGGUGUCAGCAAGGUGUAUGCAAGCCUGCAUAGCCAAAGAGCAAUAAGCUGAGAGAGGGGAUGGACCUACUCUAUGACAGUUUCAGUAAGCUUCAGAAACAAGUGUGAAAUGAGAUGUUAAGCUCCCAACUGUUAUUCUGAAGGUGAGAACAUUAACUCAUUUACUGUUCAGGUUCAAAUCAAACUGACUAGAUAAGUAAUACUCCAAAUAAUUGAUCGCGGUUGUCUACUGUGAUCACACAUAUUUUUAGUUUUCAACUAAAAUUCAUUAAAUUAAUUGAUUUUUAAAAGCCAUCUGUAAUAAAAUACUCUGUUUUAAUUGCUGUUUUCUCCUACCUUGCAAUUCUGCAAUUGCGUUCAUAUUUAAUGGCAAAGAUUGUACUCAAUAUCUGAGAAUUUUCAGAGGUUAUCUAAGGCCUAGGACUUACCUUGACUAGACUCUUAAUUUUAUAUUUUUUAUAUUCUGUUAUAGAAUAGAAUCAUAGAAUCAUUAAGGCUGGAGAAGACCAAUAUUAGGUAGUCCAGUCAUCAAGGCAUCACCACCGUGUCCACUAAAUUAUGUCCAUCAGUGCCACAUAUCUCGUUUUCUUGAAAACCUCCAGGGAUGGAGACCCUACUGUAUCCCUGGGCAGUCUGUUCCAAUGCUUGACCACUCUUUCAGAGGAAAAAAAUUUCCUAAUAUAUGGCCUGAAGGGGCAUUACCUCUCAUUCUUUUGCUAAUUGUCUGGGAGAAGCGGCUGACCCCCAUCUUGCCACAUCCUCCUUUCAGGGAGUUGUAGAGAGUGAUAAUGUGCCCCCUGUGCUUCCUCUUCUCUAGACUGAACAAUCCCAAUUCCCUCAGCCACCCCUCGUAAGACUUGUGUCCAAAGCCUUCCCCAGCUUUGUUGCUCUUCUCUGGACACGCUUUGUGGCCUCCAUGUCUUUCUGGUAGUGAGGGGCCCAAGACUGAAAGCAGUACUCAAGAUGUGGCUUCGCUAGAGCUGAGUGCAGGGUAGUGAUCACCUCCCUGCUCUUUCUGGCUACAUAUUUUUGAUACAAGCCAGGAUGCCGCUGGCUUUCUUUGGCAUUGGCACUCUGUUGGCUCACGUUCAGCCAGCUGUCAGCUAACAUCCCCAGGUCCUUUUCCUCCAUACAGCUUUCCAGCCACACUGCCCUAAGCCUGUAGCGUUAUCUGGAGUUGUUGUGACCAAAGCACAGGACCCAGACUUGGUCUUGCAGAACCUUGUACAGCUGGCCUCAGCCCAUCAAUCCAGCCUGUCCUGGUGCCUCUGACACUUCCCCCUGGCAUGGUGUCAUCUGCAGACUUACUGAGGGUGUACUCCAUCCCCUUGUCUAGAUCAUCCGUAAAGAUAUCAGAAAGGACUGUGCCGAUACUGAUCCCUGGGGAGCAGCACUUGUGACCAGCCAGCAGCUGGAUUUAACUCCUUCUGCCACCACGCUCUGGGCCCAGCCAUUCAGCCAGUGUUUUACCAGCAAAGACUACACCUGUCCAAGCCAUGGGCUUCCAGCUUCUCCAGGGGAAUGCUGCUGUGUUUCUUUCAUAGCUGUCAAAGAAAUAUCCUACCACAGCUCUGUCUGAUAAAUAUAGUUUGAUUGCAGUGGAAAUUGCUUUCAGUUUUUUUACAUAUCUCAUUAUUAGGAUUAUUGUCUGUUUGCAUGGUCUGAUGGCUAGGUUUCCAUAUGUUACUGCCAACAGUUGUAAUUUUAUGGCAGCACUUGUUCCUUUGAACGAUAUAAAAACUGGUAUCAAAGUUUUAUUUUUUCUGGAGCAGAAAGUAAACUUCACCUUUUCAAUUAAUGUUUAUUGAAAGGCUGCCCAGAAGAUAAUUCUAGCAGCUGACUUUGCCUGAGCUGUUGUAGAGAGGCAUUCAAAAAUGUGAGAUGUGAUUUAAUUUGAAAAUUCAUCAUUGCUUCUGCAGGAGAAAACAUAUGAUAAUAUUAACGAUAAUAUUAAGCAGACAUUGUCAAAAUGUUCCCUAUUUUGUUAAUCUGAAGUGAUAUAACCAGGAACUCACUCUUUAACUCCCUCAAGGAAGGCAAAAAUCUUAACCAUGUGUUCCACAUUUGCUUUUUUAUAAGGAGAACUUUCCAGACUAUUUCAUUGUCCCAUCAAAGUUCCAUAUGCUUUUAUCCCUGAAAGGAAGUGAUGUAAAUUUUAGAGGAAAUAUGUACAUAGUAGAAACAGAAAUUUUGGUGUGAGGAAUUUUGUUUCUCCUGGAGAUUCAGCGGACCAGUGAUCAACCUAAUGGAAGAGGCUUCAUUUAUGCUGUGCAGAUCACACCAGCAACAGCAGGCUUGCUCACUGCCUUCUGUAUAUGUGUGCCUGCUGGGGAAUGCCAUCAUCAGUUGUAGCAACCACAGAAAUUAGUCAUUAAGGAAUGCAUGCGUCUGCCUCAGAUCCUGCACUGGAGGACUCCUUUCCUGUCCAUCUGGGAUUGCCAACUGCUCCUUGUGACACAUUUCCUCAAUGCCAAAGAAGAGGCAUUAAAUGCCAAGAGAUCUACACAAAGGUGUGGGAUGUUUUGGUAGCUGCCUGCCUGCACUCUGCCCCCGACCUGCAUAUUUGCAGAUCUCUUUGCUAUACAGUUAUUUUUCAUAGAAUCUUAAUAUCUAGUCUAAAUAGCUUCUUAAUAUCUAGUCAAAAUCUACCCUCUUGCAGUUUAAAGUGAUUUCCCCUCAUGCUGUCACUACCUAAUCAUAUAAAAAGUCCCUCCCCAGCUUUCAUGUAGGCCCUCUUCAGGUACUGGAAGGCCACUAUAAUGUUUCCUUGGAGCCUUUUCUUCUCAAGGCGCAAGAGCCCUGGCUCUCUCCACCUGUCCUCGUAGAGGAGGUACUCCAGUCCUCUGAUCAUCUUUGUGGCCCUCCUCUGGACCCACGUCAACAACUCCAUGUCCUGCUUGAACUGGGGGCUCCAGAACUGGACACAGUAAUCCAGGUGGGAUUACUUUCUCUCCAAUGAGAGCAGAGUAGAGGGCCCUCUGUCCAACAGCCACAGCUUAAUGCAAGAGAUAAUUUGGCUUGUGUUAAUAGUUUCUAUUCAGUGGUCCAUUGGCCCUUGGGCCAUAAUUACAUGAAACUAUAGGUUAACAUCUUUACCAUUCCACUCUUGCUACCUGCUGCAGAAUUUAAGCCCUUGUGUCUUACUGAACUGUUUAUGUAAGGAAAUAUAAAGAAGAAGCCACAGGUUUAUUCUCUCAUGAAGUAGUUGUGUGAUGGUUGAGUUAUUUAUAUCUGUUUUCACUGAGGCACUGUGGGUUUAAUUCUCUCCUAACGCCUGCCACAGAGAUGAAGACGAGGAAGGCAGGUUUAGAAUUCCUUGUAUGCUUCCCCUUUUGGAGACAGUUUGCUUCCUCCUGAAAGAGCUUGCUUCAUGGUACGGGAACAGCUGGAAAGCAGAGCCGCCUUCAUCCCCAAAGGAUCGCAGGACAACCAUGAGUAUUCCUUAAAGCCACUUUCCUGACUGCUAAUAGUCCUGUCCUUGGCUUCUGUGAUGCAAAGAGUCUCAGGCAUAACAAAGAAACUGCUUUUUUUUAAACUGUAAAUAUAUUGCAGAUUCUGAUUCUGCUUUCCAAAGCAGAUGUUGAAAAUCCUAUGAAAAUAAAUUCAGGUGCAAAAGGAAAUAGGGCACUUUUAAAAGCAAGGAAGCAGUCACGUAUGUGAAUAUCCCAGUGUGUAUGAGGAGGUGUCUGUGUGGGGGUGUGUGCAUGCAUGUAUGCAUGUGUGUGUUGUAUGCUAUAUUUCUUGCUCUCUGAAGUGUUCUAUGCAUUCUUUUUUCUUUCUUAAAAAUUUAACAUACACUACAUAAAAAUCAGUUAACUAUUUGCAUAACGUACUUUGUUCAUUUCCCCCCCCCUUCUUUAGCAUUUUUUAUACUGGGGAAGUCAAUACAGCAAGGUGCUGAUUUGCAGUAGUCUAAUGAAAUAACAUUAACCUAAAUUCUAAAAAUUUCUUGGCCUUACAUCUGUCAUGUACUGGAUCAGCUUGUGUCAGCCUCUUUGUAGUAUUAGAGACCAGAUGUGUGUGAGACCUUGUGCUUUCCUUCUUCAGAGCACUCUAAUUAUAGGAAUACUGGCUCAGUACUUGGGGUUACUUCAGUAUCAGACACUGAAAAGUUGACUUUUUUUCCCAAGUUCCCAACGGUCAUAAAUAUUUUCCUUGUUUUCCACGAUAAAACUUGGCAAGUAGCUGUUCUUGUGGCCUUGUUUAAUCUCAGUUUGAGAGGCUUGAAGAAGGAGCAGCAGCAGAGGGAGUUACUCCCUUUUUGUGUGGAAGUGGGUCUUUUCUCUCCCUCUGCCAGAAAGGGAGAGUGAGCGCAGAGUAAGGAAGUUGCACGCAUAAUGUGUUGACAAAUAUCUCUUGUAUGUGAGUUGUAGAUAAGCUGUCAAUACUGUUUGGGCUUACAGCUUGAAGCAGUGACUGGAAAAGACAAUCCUACAACUUCUGUUUUGAGGGAUGGCCUGCAGCAGGGGUCUUCAUAUACAUGAAAUCUGAAUGUGAAAUGAAGAUUUGUGGAGCGAGAUGAAUCAUUUAUUAACAUUAAAUAAAGAGAAAAUUACCUCCAUAAUCUCUAAGAUGUCUGUUGAUACUUCCUGGGCAAGUACAACUGCAAUUUUUUCCUAUAAACAGUGAGCUUUCUCUGCAGGCAGCACAUUUCUGACUCUGCAGGGCACAGGCAGAACCUCUUUCCCUUUUGGGAUCAGAUGCCGGGAUAGUUUGAGACUUGAAAAUCUGUUUCUUGACACCAGAAACAAAGCAGUGAGUCACUGUCAGUGACCAGCCAGACACACCAGAGCUCCAUCCGGCGUUGUCAAGUGCAGAAGGCAGUGUAUUGGAGCACUCGCAUGUAACAGACGCUGGCUCUUGGCUUCACUUUCUCCCAACAGGCUGCAUGUUUGCAGAAAAUACUUUUCCAGUACUUAAUACACUGUUCCUGGGCAGACUGUAAAAAUACAGAAAAUGCUUUGGGACCGGUGAUGGCUGUGUUCAUUUACACUUCGUGAAGUUCUCUAACACCUUCAAACAUUCCAGUCUCUGCCUUGUCCCAGAAAACUUCUGAAGUGAGUUUUAUGGCAAAUACAACACUCAGAAACCAUCUUUCUCAAGAAAAAAACUGCACUAUGAGCUGUUUUUAAAAAGACCACACAAAGCUUGGCACAUUAAGCAAAGUUAUUUCUGCAGUUUGUUAUCUGCGUAGUUUAUUUUGUUUCAGAAUGCAUACAAAGCACAUGCUGCUAAAUUGGGCUCAUCUGCUGAUACAGUUGAUACCACAACCAGCUCAGCAAGACCUCCAGCAAGCCUGAAAAAUGUCUGAGACUAAGAGGGCACAGGGGAAGUAUCUAAAUAUGCUUGUUUUGCUUAGCGCUUCCCCAGUUGUCCAUCUGUGGCAGCUGUCAGGUUCCAACACCAGGCUGGGAAGAUAGAGGGUCAGAUCUGUUGGAGUCCUUUGAGACUGUUUUAUUAUGUUCUGAGCAAUAAGUUGAGGCACAUGCUUGCAAGAGAACUGUUCCCUGUGUGUAGUGUUCAAUGCCAGGUGAGGUUUGGCAGCCUGAGUUUACUAAAGGACAUUACAUUUCUGUGGACACAUCUUAUGAGGGUGAGAAGGCCGUGCUUGUCAGUCCUGACCUAUAUUCUGAAGAGUGGAGCUGCAUCAGACUGAUUUAUCAGAUAGCAACCACUUCAGUGACUUCAUUGGAUCCUGCCACGCUCAACCUUUACAUGAGGAAAGAAGGAGAGAGCUUUGAUAGUUUACUGUGGUCAGCCAAGGAGCCUUCAGAUAGUUGGCUCAUAGCCAGUUUAGAUUUAACAAACAGCACAAAGAAGUACAAGAUUGUACUGGAAGCUGAACUGGGACAAGAUAAAUCUGCCAGCAUAGCAGUUUUUGAAAUUAAAAUAACUCCUGGAUAUUGUAUUGAAUGUGACUUUGAAGAAAAUCAUCUUUGUGGCUUUGUGAACCGCUGGAACCCCAACGUGAAUUGGUUUGUUGGAGGAGGAAACAUUCGCAAUUCCCAGUCUAUCCUUCCCAAAGACCACACACUUAACAAUGAAUUGGGUCACUACAUGUAUGUAGACUCUGUUUACGUCAAACAUUUUCAGGAGGUGGCUCAGCUAAUCUCACCAAAGACUACGGCUCCGAUGUCUGGCUGCUUAUCUUUUUAUUACCAACUUAAGCAGGAGAGCAGCAUUGUUUUUACUCUUUACUUGAGAGAUAUGAGUGGCUUUUAUGAAGAGAUCUGGAAAACAGACAGUGCCUCCACUGGAGACUGGGUGUUAGCUGAAGUUGACUUCAGUGCACCAUACCCGAUGGAGGUAGUAUUUGAAGUUGCUUUCAAUAGUGCCAAGGGAGGUUAUGUUGCCCUCGAUGACAUUUCUUUCUCUCCAGUUUACUGCAGCAAUCAGACAGGAAUUCUCUUCAAUCCUGCUGAUGCAGGCUGCAAUUUUGAGGAAGAUCUGUGUAAUUUUUACCAGGAUCACAAGGAUGUCCCAGGAUGGAGCAGAGUGAAAGUGAAGCGCAACGUGUAUCGAGCAGGAGAUCACACUACUGGGUUUGGUUACUACUUGCUGGCAAACACAAAGUUUACAUCACAGCCUGGGUACAUUGGACGUCUGUAUGGCCCAACCCUGCCAGGAAACUUGCAGUUUUGUCUGCGUUUUUAUUAUGCUUUGUAUGGUUUUUUCAAAAUGAGUGGCACCCUUGCUGUUUAUAUCUUUGAGGAGAAUCAUGUGGUUCAAGAGAAAAUCUGGUCUGUCUUGGACUCUCCAAGGGGUGUUUGGACUCAAGCUGAAAUCUCCUUCAAAAAACCGAUGCCUUGCAAGGUUGUCUUUGUGAGUUGGUGUAAGAGCUUCUGGGACUGUGGACUUGUGGCACUGGAUGAUAUAUCACUGAGCCUGGGAAGCUGCCAGGCUGCUGAUCUCUUGCCACCCUCUCCUGGUGAGUGUACUUUUGAAAAAGAUGAGUGUAUGUUUACCCAGAAGAAGAGAGGUCGUGGGAGCUGGCAAAGGAGGCGGGGUCCGACUCCCACCUCUUACACUGGACCAAAGGGGGACCACACUACCGGGGUAGGGUACUACAUGUAUAUAGAGGCAUCCAACAUGGUCUACGGACAGAGAGCAUACCUAAUCUCAAGAUCACUGAGAGGAACCUCUGGAAAACAAUGCUUGACAUUUUUCUAUCACAUGUAUGGAGCCGGGACUGGAUUAUUAAGUGUUUAUCUAAAAAGAGAAGGUGAUGAUGAAGAUAUUCCUUUGUGGAGGAGGACAGGGGAACAAAGCAUCUCGUGGCUAAGGGCAGUGAUAGAAUAUGAAAGUGGUAGAAACUACCAGAUUAUUUUUGAAGCAAUCCGUGGGGUGUCGAUUAGAAGUGACACAGCUAUUGAUGAUAUUCUCUUCCAAGCAGGACCCUGUUUAGAAGUGGAAGAAAUUCAGUUCUCAUCAGGCUAUCCAGACAGCUUAAAUGAAAUUGAGUAUUAAAUACAGUCUGCUGAAAGGAGGGGAAUGCGUAGAAAGCUUUUGUGUGAGAAACUGCACAGCGGCCUGCUUCAAAAUGUGCUUUAAGUGAAGACUGGACUCAUUUGGAUAUUCAUCCAAGUGCAGGAAAAACUCAGAGCACUCAUGUUCCUCGCCUUUGCAAUGAAAUUAUUGACUCAGGGCUUCUUAGACUGUUUUUUAAUUUUUAUUUUUUUCUCUUCUGCAUGAGGUUAUCAAUUAUUCUAUAAGGGCUUCCCGUUUUGCACAGAUCAUUCAACACAGUAUUUUAGUGCUUUAUUUUGUGUAAAUCUUUCUGGUAUAUAGGUAAAAAGAGGAGAGCAAAGGUGCACAAUUAAAAUCUAAUAUUGUGUUAUCUUAAAUCUGCAUUCAGUGAAUGUUUUGUGUUGGGUACAGAAUGGCUUUAUGUUAAGGAAAUAAUAAAUACUUUAAGAGAAUAAAGAAAAUACUAUUAGAUACUACUAAUAUCCUACAGGCUAAGUGCAAUUAUUCAUAAGACAAUUCUCUCUGGGAAACUCUUAACACUUUGCUGGUAAUUUUUGUGUUUUUGUAUUCUUUUACUAUAAGAAAUAUAUUUGUCAUCCUUAGCAAUAAGAAGCCCACUUCUCAUGUUUCAGUAUAAAUCAGUGUAACCUACUGCCAGAUAAAACAGUUCGUACACUCACAAAGAAUGUACUCACACUUUACCCAACCACAAUGCCUUGCAAUUAUAUUAAUAAGAUAUUGAAUUCACACGACUUGUUAAUUUUGAAGACCUUUUUUUUUUUAUAUAUAUAUUUGUGUUUGAAGUUUUGUUUUGAAAACAUUAAAACUUCCUAAUAAAAUGUAACUGAAAA